GCUCAGCCGUUGCUUUGUGGGGGCUGGCACUUUGCGGGGUGUCCAGGCUCCCAUGGAUCUCUCGCCUUCCCGGGAGCUGCAUGUUCCCAAAAACCGGGAUGCGUUCAUGGAUGAGAAAGCCAUGAAGCGAGCGAAUCGACUGGCGGGCGUGGCGCAGUCCGUUGGCAGCAUGGACCUCAAGGCUGUAGCUGAUGCCUACCAGAAAGAAGCCGGCGGCAGCGGCAUCGAGGCCGCGGCCGCGGCGGCGGCGGCGCUGAAUGCAGCGCUGAAGGCUUCCAUGCAUGGAAACUCCGACGUGGAGGAGAUCAAGAAGCAGGCCACGCAGGAGGUGCAAAGGGCGGCAGCCAAGAAGGCUCGACAAGCCCAAGGAGAAGCAGUUUUAGCAGCUCGCAUUGCCGAGGUGGGCUACGAGGGCCAGGCGCGCUCAGAAGCGCUGCGCCUGGCACACGACCAGCGCUUCAGCCGGGCGCUGAAUGAUAAGAGCGAGCGCCUGGCCGACGAUGCUGCCACGAAGAGGGCUGUCCGCGAGGAGCGGGCAGCUGCGGCCGCAAGCCGGCGCUGCCUCUCAGAGGCCAGGGCGCGCUUCGGGCGAAGAUGGCCCUCCGUGCCGGGAGAGAUCGCUGAGCCAUCACCUCUGCCGAGCCUGCUUGCCGAUGAUCCUGUUGUGCGGCGGGCACGCGCCCUGUGCAGCGGAGUCGCCCAGGCAGUGGCCCAGCUGGACCAGCAGAACCAGAUGCUGAUGAGCAAGCCCUCGCUGCAGCUCAGCAACCUCCCCAGGUCGGAGCGGGAGCCGCCCAAGGCGAAGCCGAUGCCGGGCACCUUCGACAACGAGGCGCUGAUUGCAAAGGCCAAGGAGCUGCUGAUAGACUACAAGCCCGAGAAGCUCAGGCCUCCGCCCUCUAGCCGACCCUCAGCACGGAGCACGCCGACCAGGGAGCCUUCCAGCAACAACAGCCCUCGAGGAGAUCUCACCGCCCUCCAGCGAGCCCAUCAGCAAUGCGCCGAUGUUUGCGUGGAGCUCAACACGAAGAGCCGCGCCCUGAAGCGAUAGUUGCGCCCUCACCGAAACUUACCGGGGGCGUUCAAUGGGCAAGGAGUUCACGGAAGUUCCACAAGUCCCGAUGCGUCGGGCCUUUUUUCCUUUCGGGGCAUGUUUUUGCCCAGAGCUGCCCUGUGCUCCAGUUUCACCACCCUGCACCGGCUGACUGCAAUGCGCCUUGCCUUAGGUGUUGCA